CACACAGAAGCAUCGUACAAUUAGGGGAGAGCAGAAUACGACGCAGUGAGCUUUGCUUUUAUGUUUACUGGCAUUAGUAUCUGUCAGUUCGUGGAUCAUUCAGCACGUCAAGCAAGAAAGCUAGUUAAGCGUACGUCAUUUGUGUAAAAACAAUCAAAAUUGUUGGCUUGUGAUUCAUUGUACGAGUGUAAUAACAAGAUCGGAAAGUACAGAGUGAUAAAAUCGAUAAGGUAUCGGGACACGAUACAAGAGAAUUAAACGCAGUAACCAUGAAAUUCGAAUACAAAGAAGAGCGUCCAUUUGAAAAAAGGAAGGCUGAAGGCGAGAAAAUUCGCAGGAAGUAUCCUGAUCGUGUACCCGUGAUUGUCGCUAAGGCACCUAAAGCAAAAAUUCUUGAUUUAGAUAAACAGAAAUACCUUGUGCCUACAGAUCUGACUGUUGGCCAAUUUUACUUCUUGAUUCGGAAGAGGAUUCACCUUCGUCCUGAGGAUGCUCUCUUUUUUUUUGUUAACAACACUGUUCCCGCAACAAACUCUACCAUGGGAGCGCUCUAUCAGGAGCAUAGAGAAGAAGAUUGUUUUCUCUACAUUGCUUACAGCGACGAGAAUGUAUAUGGGGAGCGACGUUGACACUUAGAAGAUGGAAAAUAUUAACAGGAAAUUUACAUAAAUCAACAUUAACUAAAGUUGAGUUUUUACAAUAGUUUGAAUUACAUACAUUGUUUUUAAAAUAAAGUAAAUUUCAGUCUCGUGUUCUAAUUUUGUUUUAUCGCAAUUUCGAGAAAUGAUACUAGUUCUUUUUGAUUUUGUUUUUUUGACUAUUAAGUAAUGGUUCAAACUAAGAGAUAUGCAAUGAAAUAUAGAAAUGAAUGUAAAUAACGGUAUAUCAACAAAAUUCGGAGAUCUUUUAUCAAGAUAUUUUACUUACUAAUUGUAAUCAAUUUAAAAAGUUAUAAGUAUAUAAAAAAUGAAUUGUGAUUCAAUGCUUGUAUACAUAUACUAAAGUUCGAGUACGACCUUUGUUUGAUUUGUAUAAGUGAUAAUAAUAAAAUUAUCGAUAAAUUUACAA